UCGACGGACUUUCAGCGAGUUCACUGUUUGCUAUUAGAGCAAGCAAGGAAGAUCGCUCUCAGAAGAACACUUGCGCUACCACUACUGUAAGGCGAUAGUCAGACCUACUACUCCCAACUGCUUUUCUACAGCAUAUUAUACAUGCAAAUACAUCGAAGUCGCAAGUUUUCUUGAAAAAUAAAACAAGACAAUUGAACUACCUUGAUUUUUGGUUGUAAUUGGAGCGGCAUCUAUAGGAGUGAGAUGGAUGUUAUUCCUAUGUGCAGCAUCUUUCAGGAGCUCCAGAUUGUACAUGACACCGGAUACUUUUCAGCUUUACCAUCUCUUGAGGAGUACUGGCAGCAGACAUGUCUGGAGUUGGAGCGGUACCUCCAGAGCGAGCCCUACGUCUCGGCCACAGACAUCAAGUUUGAGACGAGCCAGGAGGACCUCUGGAGCAAACUGAUCCUGGCCUGCGGGGACAAGGCCGAUUCCGACCCAAAGAUCCACACUCACAUUAAGGAGGAGGACAAUCAAGAGGCCAACAGCUUUAACUCCGAUUCAAGCAGUGAGGCGUCCGACAGCUCCGAGGAGCUCUCCCCUCCCCUCGACUUCACCUCCAACCCACUGAGUGACAUUAUGGGAGAGGGAGAGGACCUGAGUUCCAUGGUUAUCAGCACUCCGCCAUCUUCUCCUGAGGUGAGCAAGGAGGCCCCCUCCAUAUCCUCCCAGGUGUGGAGCGGUAUACAGGCAGUGAUGCACUCGCCUGGGAAAAUACGGACAGGGGGCAUUGGUGGACGAACGGUGGAGAGGGGAAGCUUAGCCAAUGGGGAGGCUUCUCCGGACGGGAGGAGGCGGGUCCACAGGUGUCAUUUCAACGGAUGCCGAAAGGUUUACACGAAAAGUUCUCACUUGAAAGCACACCAGCGUACACAUACAGGUGAGAAGCCUUACAGGUGUUCAUGGGAAGGCUGCGAGUGGCGUUUUGCACGGAGUGAUGAGCUAACCAGACACUUCAGGAAGCACACUGGGGCAAAGCCAUUUAAAUGCAGUAACUGUGACAGGUGUUUCUCUCGUUCGGACCAUUUGGCGCUUCACAUGAAGAGACACAUCUAAGCGGUGGGCCCCAGAGCAGAGGAGAGCAGAGCGGUGUUGAGCGAUGGUCCUGACUGUCUCCUAACCUGUCUGUGGGGAGGCUGCAGUGCCCUGAGAGGGGAGGAAGGGGAGCGAGGGGAGCGUGCUCCAGUGAAAAGCAUGCAGGCCAUUUUUGCACCAUACUUAGUGCCUCCAAGACCUCUCAGAGGAAAGGGCUCUGAAAGGUCGACACAUUCUGAACCACCAUGGAUGAAAGAGAAUGAAGAGAUCCACUAGAGAGCGAGAAGAAAGAAUAUGUCUGAGAGGACAAGAAAAAACUUUUUUUUUCUCUGUAUGGUGUCUGAUGCUUUGUGGAGUUAGUUCCUGGUCUGAACAUAUGCAGCGGUACUACUCCAAUAAACGUAUGUUGUUUCCUGUGAGCAUGUGGACUGACUGACUGUGAGCCUGCUGUCAGACUGCCUGAGACUGGGUGCCUGUCUAAGAAUGCCUGUGACUGGGUGCCUGCCUGUGGAUGUACGACUCCUGAGUGGGUGGCUUGUGUUGUGACCUGAAUGGUGUUGAGGGGAUGAUGAGUUUUUGACUGGGGUUUUAUUGUCUCGUUGUGGUCAUGAAUGAAUGCAAGCAAAGGUGUUGUUGUGCUGUUGUCUGGAGCGUUGGUUGAGUCUAGGCUGGGUUUGGCGGUGUGUGUGUCCCGGCCGUCAGUUUGAUGGAGAGCGCCACCAUCUGAACGGAGUUGGUACAUGCUCCUAAACGAGGUGUAAGGAGGGGAGGGGGGUUGAUGUUUGGUGCAGCUAUUAAAUGUGCAAUGUAUUAAGUAGCUUGUCUCAAAGUACAUGCUACAAAGCUCAUUUGUUGUCCAUUGUGUAAGCUCAGUAUCUAAAGGCUGUACACAACAUUGAUAUAUCAUUAUACCAGAAGUUGCAUGAUCUUGGGUUUGUUUGUCACUCGAUUAGGCCUACUUAUAAUGAAGGCUAAUCCCAAUAAUGAGCAGCUAUGCAUCCAUUGUACUCCGUAGAUACCACAGUAUUGUACAGAAACAUAAAGCAGUGAUUUAUUUGUUUCCUUCUUUUGUUUUGUAUGUUUGGAGAUACCACUAUUGCUUGGCAACUGUGUUGAUCAUGGGAUAGUUUAUUUAUAGUCAGUUUAAGAACUAAUUUCUUUAUUUUUGUUCUCUUGUUCUAUAUCUGUAAAUACACUGUGACCUUAAUGAUGCCUUAUGUAAGUGGCCUUGUCCAGAUAAAUAGAUCACUCACGGG